UGUCGAGGUUCAGACAAGUUGUCGAAAGGCUACGGUUUCGAGGGCACAGGUGUCUGGCCGCGGUCCAAGGACAGGAGACUCGAACGGGAUUGGAUCGCGUGCAGACAGAUCCUGAACAGCGUGGCGCGAACAAGUGACUAAUCCUGGAGAUUCGGAGUGACAGUUCCUCGACAGCGUGGUCCCGAGAGCAGAGAUCGGUCGUCAUUGGAUAUAGCGUGUUCACUCUCCGAUACGGUAUCUCUGUUCGGUUCUCCAACGAGCGCCCGCUUCGAUCAGUGUCUCCCUCGGACUGGUGGUUACUCGGUUUGGUGAACGCUUCUCGGAACGUAGAAACAGUGCUGUGACAGCGUUUGUGGCGUUUUGUGAGCGAAACACCGGUGGGCGCGAACGCGUUGAGAUGACGGUGACCACUAACUUUUCGAUGAUGCGACCCUGCUUCACUGGAUACCCCUUUCAAGAUUUGGGAUCGAUUCCAGGUCAGGGACGCGUCAAUCAGCUCGGUGGCGUUUUUAUAAACGGUCGCCCGCUACCGAAUCACAUACGUCUGAAAAUCGUCGAGAUGGCUGCUGCGGGCGUCAGGCCCUGCGUUAUUUCAAGGCAAUUGAGGGUGUCGCACGGUUGCGUAUCGAAGAUUCUAAAUCGAUACCAGGAAACAGGAAGUAUCAGACCAGGGGUGAUCGGCGGCAGCAAGCCGAGAGUAGCCACACCGGAAGUCGAGGCCAGGAUCGAGGAAUACAAGCGCGACAAUCCGGGUAUUUUCUCCUGGGAAAUUCGUGACAGACUUAUCAAGGAAGGAAUUUGCGACAGGACCAGCGCUCCGAGCGUCUCUGCGAUUUCCAGGCUUCUCAGAGGACGAGAUCCAGAGGACGAGACGAAGCUUGGCGAUGGCAAGACCAGUUCCGGUUCCGACUGCGAGAGCGAGCCAGGAAUUCCUCUGAAGAGGAAGCAACGCAGAAGCAGAACGACCUUCACUGCCCACCAACUGGACGAGCUAGAGAGGGCCUUCGAGAGGACCCAGUACCCAGACAUCUACACCAGAGAGGAACUGGCGCAGAGGACCAAAUUAACGGAAGCCAGGAUUCAAGUUUGGUUCAGUAACAGAAGAGCAAGACUGAGGAAGCAGCUGUCUUCCACCACUUCUGGUGGUUACGUUAGCUCGGUGGCCUAUCCCACGGCUUCUUACGUUCUUCAUCCUCCAGGAGCACCUCAUCCUCAUGCUGCCGCCACGGUUCCUCCGAGUCAUCCGCAUCCCCAUUCUCACGGACAGUCCCUACCAGACACCACGUUCUCGUCCAGUCAAGUUCCAGAGCUGUACGCUUCGCAUCAUAGUACGAUGUCUCAUCAGCUGACGCCAGAUUCGGCCCGGCUACCCUCUUCCGUCGGUUCUACACCGAGUUACGGUCUGCCACCGUCGGUUACCUACCCAAGCUCGCUUUUACCAGCUACAUCGUCGACUAGUAUGAGCCACAUGACCCACCAGGGAUCCCCCGUGACUCCUGCGUCUGGGUCAAGCUACCAGCAGCCGAGCAGCCACCAACUUCCACCGACUCCCAACUCGUUGGUGACUAUGAUGGGUCCGAAUUCAGGCAAUUCGAACCAGUCGUCGGACCAAUUGACCUCGUCGGAUCUACCGAUAAGCUCGGUGUCGCCGGUGCAGCAGCAACAACAGCAACAACAGAGUAGCCAAGGGAGCACAUCGCCCUCGUGGAAUCUUCCAAUUACCAGCGGUGGAAGAGUCGGACUUCCUAGUCCACCUACCAGCUUGCAACAACCUCACGCGCACCCCACUCACCCCCAUCAAGCUUUUGCGAGCCACUAUGGCGCUCAAGGUUUCCAACAACCCCCUAGACCAGCACCCCAUCAACCGUUUUACAGUUGGUACUGAGGCGAUGUGUAUGUUUGGGGUAGAUCGAAGGCUAUCGAAGCUGAGUGAUAAUAAGUUCAUAGUGGCUUAGACAUGAUUUAAAAAUGUUCAAAUGCAACUGCCAACUGGUUUGGCUUGUGCAUGUUGAAGCCAUGCCAUUUUUUUUAAGCGUUCAAAGUCGCGUGCUCGGACCUUCAAUUGGUAGAAUGUAGUUGAAAUGAAUUAAGCUGUUAAAUUUGUUUAAUUGUUUCUCUCUUUGAAACUUUGUAUAUUGUAUCUAUAAUCGAGGCGUUUUGGAUGGAGUUCAGCAGAGUAGGUGAAAUUAAUUUUUAAGUUGAGGUAUCUUUAAGGGAUGAAGUCUUUGCUGCAAGUAGUAAGGGAGGAU